UCUUCGUUACAAAAUUUGCCUGCUGCAAGUGCCGAAACACGGGGUAGUUCGAGGAACAGUGAAAACAGGAAUGUUAAUACUGCUAACGAAGAACUCUCAGAGAGAUUCCGACUUCCUCGUGGUCAAAACAGAAGUUCAGCAAGACCUUUACCAAGAUCAGGCAAUGGACGUUUUGUGCCGUACACUACAGCAGCGAAAGCCAGUAAAAGUAAAUCUAAGGCAGAUAUUAUUAUUAAAGAUGUCUGUUUGUUGCCAUCGCCACGUUGGCAAGAGCUUCCCAGACGGCAUAUUAAACAAGAUUUGAUAAACAGGAACUUAUUCAUUGACGCAUGGUCAUUAGACAAGUCUUGGUCUGAACAGCAAUUGCGAUCGGAACUCCUCAAUCUUUUUAAAAGCCAUCUAUCUGAAACAACAGACUUUGAAUUUGUUAAAUCUGUGGGAAACAAGAUAACUACUGUUAAACUUGCAGAAGGGCAGGAGGCAAAUGCCAGAAUAAUUAGACACAUUGCUGGCAAUGGCCCAGUCUACAUUCGCCAUUUAUUUGAUAUAGAUGAUGAGGAAGAUAUUGUCAUGACAACAGAGCGAACUAAUGACAUAAGAACAUUUGCUUCAAGUGACGAACCAUCCACCAGCAGUGUAACCAAUCCAUCCACCAGCAGUGCAACCAAUCCAUCCACCAGCAAUGUAACCAAUCCAUCCACCAGCAGUGUAACCAAUCAAGCCACUGAAAGUGUAACCAAUCAGUCUCAGUUUGCUCCAAUGGAAAGUCAGCAAACAAUGAAUCUAAAUGCAUGGACUCUGUGUGAUUUAGAAGUCCAACAAUUAAGAGAUAUGUUCCCUGACUGUCCUGCUGAUGUUCUGAAAGAAGCAUCAGAACAAUCUGUAACAAUUGAUGCUGCAAUAGACUUCAUUAUAAGUAAUCCUGCACAAGCAACAUAUGUUACUCCUAAUGGCUGUAAUGAUGCUCCUAAUUGCCUGAAUGAUGCAGCAUCCCUCCAAGACAUUCUAAAGAGAUUUAAGCCAGCACCUGUUGCUCCAUCAAGGUUAACUGUGAGUAGAGAAACCAUUUUCUCUGAUUGCAUAGCUUUCUUCAAGCAAAGAAGGUUUGAUUUCACAAAACCUUUAAAAGUUACUUUUGAAGGAGAGCCAGCUAUUGAUGGUGGAGGGCCAAAGAGGGAAUUCUUUACCGUUGCUCUACGUUCAUUGUUGUCACCUUCAGCAACACCUCGCCUCUUUGAGGGCAGAAAUGAUCGCUUUUUGCCAAUGCAUAACACUGAUGCACUCCGUGCCAACCUCUUCAAAGUUGCUGGUCGAAUGGUGGCUUCUUCCAUAUUGCAAGGGGGGCCAGGGUUUCCCCAUUUCCCAAUGUCUGUGUAUUCAUAUUUUCAAAACCCAACCCCUGAUGACCUAACAGAGUACCUUUCACAAGAUGAUGUUGUUGAUUUUGAUCAUGUGAUGGCUUUAAGUAAGAUAGACAGCAUUUGCAAAGAGGACGAUGUGAAAGGAGUUGCUGGUGAUGUACAGCAAUUGUUGGUGGAAACUGGAUUUCCACAUGCUCUGAGCCUAGAAAACCGUUUUCAGGCCAUGACUUCGCUCUGCCUUCAUGGAAUUAUACUCUCAAGGAAAGCAGAGCUUGACCAGUUUGUGUGUGGUAUGGGACCAUUGGUCGACAUAAUUAAGAAACAUCCAAAGGAAAUUGAGCCACUUUUUCUUGCUGGUACCAAGAAGCCACUAAGUGCAGAAGAGUUUCUCUCCCUUGUUGAGUAUGAAGAUGUGAAUGAUGAAGUAAAGCAACAUUUUAUCCGUUAUGUGGAAUUACCAGCUACACGGGUAAAUAGCCUUUUAAUGUUUGCAACUGGUGCUGAUGCAGUCCCACCAAUGGGUUUCUGCAAUCCAUCAGUAAUAACAGUACUACAAAACUCUUCUGUCUUUCCUAACUCAAACACCUGCCCAAUGGAAUUGGAAUUGCCUGGAGCUGUUACAAGUUUUGAAGAUUUUAAAAAGAACAUGGAUACAGCGAUAGAUACCCAAGAGGAAGGAUUUGGCAUUGUGUAAUUUAUAUCGAUUUAUAUCGUAAGUUCCAUGAAGUAGUUGUGUUUUCAACUCAAACGUUCUGUUCAUAUUAACAAAAAAUUCCAGCAUAUAGCAUAAAAUAACAGUUGGCAAUUGGAUAUUUUCUGAGUAAGACCAGAUUUUACACUGAUAAGUUGUGACUGGUUCACUAAAACAGACAGAGUCUGUUAAAAUUGAGUGGAAAAAUGUCAACUAAUUUAUUCCAUGUUAUAGCUGCUUAAACUCUUUUACUGAUUAUCUUACGUAAUUGACCAUAACUAAAAAGAUGGCAGCAUGUACAUUUUACCACAAUACAUAGCAAGAAUCAAGCAUAAAUGACUAACAAACGAUGCGAAGAAAAUCACCUAAUGAUAUGAAACUUUAACACAACAAAGAAAAUAACCUCCUUUCUUAUAUCUGUCCUUCAAAAAACUUCAAAAUGCUUUUUAAACGAUUUCUGACUGCAGUGCAUUCUGGUAAAAUGUACAUCUGCCAU